ACUCUUUCUGCCCUCUGUCAUCAGUGUCCGCGUAACUUCACAGUGGGCUCUUUAAGAGGAGAGCCUAUCUGUGUCUGCCGAUCUGUCAGCCGGCGCGGUGCCGCCGCCGCCGCCCUCCACGCGCAUCCUGCUGCAACUCAUGGGGGACUGUAGACUCCCGGCGGGACCGCGGAACUCGCUCAGCGCUGGUGCAUCUAUCAGCAGGCGUAAUGGAUAAUCGAUGAUCCAAGCUAAAAUGCAUCGGGCCCACCAUCCACGCCAUACAGGGUUGUGCAGGUGUAAAGUAACCGGACUGAACGGUUAAAAAGAGAGGGACGCCACAUCGUUUUCCUUUCUCUCUUUCUUUUUAAUCACCGGAUCAUGUCAUACAUGUUUUAUGUGUUGGCCUCGUAGAAAUGACUUUUGGUUUUAACUCUUUGGGAUGGACAGCUUCUUCCUGGACAGGCCUUUUAUUUUAGUUCCAGAAGAUCCGCUGUUUGGUGGUUUGACCGGUUCCGCUGGUGGGACGUUUGGAGGAAGCAGCUUCAGUUAAAUCAAGAAGAGAAGAAGCCAGAGCUCAACAUGUCUUCUGUAGUGGUGUCCGGACAGAGUGAGCUGAGCUUGCGAGAGCUGCCCAUGGAGAGCUGGAUGUCUCACCUGCCAUGUGCUCUGUGGGACACCUCUUUGUACCACCUGGCCAUCCCUGGCAGCCACAACGCAAUAACCUACUGUCUGGAUAUGAACAACAGAUCUCCUGUUGACCCCAUGCAACCAGACAUGCUUCAAAAACUGGACAAAUACAUGAAGCCCCUCAUUCGUCCAUUUGUGUACAAGUGGGCAAUAACCCAGGAAUACACCAUAAAGCAGCAGUUGGACUGUGGGGUCAGAUACUGUGACCUGAGAAUCGCUCACAGGCCCAACGACAACUCCAACGACCUCUACUUCUACCAUGGCGUUUACACCACGCUCACUGUGGAGACCGUCCUCACAGAGAUAAGAGAGUGGCUGGAUGCUCAUCCCAGAGAGGUGGUGAUUCUGUCCUUCAGCCACUUCCUCGGCCUGAACCAGGAGCUCCACAUCCUGCUGCUCACAACCAUCCGCAACAUUUUCACUUCCAAACUCUGUCCCAAAAUGGAUAUGGUAACUCUUCGACAACUGUGGGCUUUGGGCUACCAAGUGAUUGUGUCCUAUGAACACAAUAUAACCAGCUCUCACGGUGACUUGUGGCCACAUAUUCCUUACUGGUGGGCCAACAAAUGCAAAGCUGAGGCUCUUAUCGAAGAGUUCGAACACAGGAAACAAUAUGGCAGACCAGGGGGUUUCUUUGUAACAGGAAUUAAUCUGACUGAGGAUCUGAAAUACAUCUGCACACACCCCACAGAGUCUCUGAAGGACCUGGUAAUGUCCACGUAUCCGAUGCUGCUCAGCUGGGUCAAGGAGCAGACUCCCGGCUCUAAAGUCAGCUCUCUCAAUAUUAUUGCUGGGGACUUUAUCACAGAGAGCAACUUUGUACCAACUGUUGUGACGCUGAAUGAGAAACUACUGAAAUUUUCUUCAUGACUUGUCACCAAAUGCAGUUAUUCUGUAGAAUAACUGAACUGUAGCAUGAAGUUGACACAAGCUUGUUUUGUUAAGAGUGACAGGAAGAAAAAAAACUUCACUACUUGAAUUAUUUAUUUGAACAUGAAUGCACUUGCUGGAGGCAGCCACGUCUACAUUUUAGUCUUAAAGCAGCUUGAAAACAAACUUUUUGGGUAUUUUUUGACCACUUGUUUGCACUGAGCCCGUCUGACGCCAGCUGAGGAAAACAAAAAGCUCAGUGAUAAUCUACUGUCUGAGUUUAUAUAACAUGCUCUUGGUUUAUGCAGUCUGUGCAAGCAGGUUUUUUUACAUUACUCAGGUUUGUGAAACGAGUGCAUGAAUUGAUAAGGAACUAAGGUGAAGCCAGUCUGUGUUUGUCAUUCCUGCAAUCUCAAGGGAUUCUGGUUUUGAUAGCUAAUACACUUCAUAAAUGAGCUAGAUAUUCCUUCAUCAGGUUCAUGUUAAAUGGAAAACCAUGUUUCCAAGGACCACUUUCACUUCAAAGUAAACAGCCUCAGAGAUAAACAUAAUCUCUGAUUAUGUCUGUGAGUGUCCAAAUGAAACUCCUUUGAAAUGACCUGUGGAUGGACAGGCAUCCUACUACUAUUUAUAAAUGAUAAAUAAGGGGAAAUCCUUAAUCCAGAUAGCAGACACACUGGGCCUAAUCUGUGCUACUUUUGGCACUUAAAGCUCAGUUAUGGCACUGGCAAUUGUGUGAAACAAACGUAGUCCAAAUAUGAGGAGCCGGCCUGGACGUAGAUUAUAGCAAGUUGCUUAUGGACUUUCUGCAGUUGUUGUGCUCGCCUUCAUUCUUCUGCUUUUUUCCCCCUUCCUGAUCCUCUUCUUUUUCUCUGGUUUGUUUCUUUCGCUGGUCACAUGUCAGCUAUUCUGCUCAGCACUGCUCCCACAAUUUCUGGUGGCAUUGCUCUGUUGUCUGCGACAAGUGGCAGAUAGCUAAGCUCCCUGAAAACGGACCAAAUUAUGCACGUAACAGACGCAGUAGGCGGACGAAACUGUCCAUCCAUCUGCACAUACAUCUUCUGCAUUGAGCAUAAAUGGGCCUUAAUGGUCACCAAGCCAGACUUAACUAUGAGCUUUAUCAAAAAGGAAAGUUUGAAGGCUAAUCUUAAACCUGCAUGCUGAACUUUGGCAGAUUCUCUCACUUUGGCGCUCCCUAACAAAGGUUGAUUUAGGAUCUAUAUUACAUCUUGUCUCUUCUCUGAGUUCUCUCCAGCCAGUAAAAGUCAGUUCAGUGUUGACUCUUAUUUCCUACUUCGUCACUUUCUCUCUCUCUUUUUUCCCUGCUUCCUCCAACAAUGUCCUCUUGCAUUUCUUUGGUAAAUCAGCCACGGUGUGAGUCCAAAACAACGAGUGAGUUAAUAUCCACUUGCUGGCAUGUGACAUGGUGAUAUAAGGUGAAGUGGAAGUGAUGUCCCGGGCUGGAAGGAAAAGGGGUGAGGUGCAGUUUGUCAGCCUCAGGGCACUGCAGGGCAACAACAGCUCAGGAAUGUGCAUUUAAAUGUCACUGUGCCAUCAAAACACGUCAGAAGCACAGAGUUUUAAGGUCAGACAGUUAUAUAGUGUUGCUUUAAAGAAAGUGUCUGCUUCCUGAACCCAAAAUAGGAGCUAGUUCCAUAAGAGAGGGCACAAUUUGGUUUCAAUUUUUAAAUUAAACAAGCUUAAAAUCUCAUUAUUUAUGAACUAUUACAGUUAAUUUUGUUUUUCUACUUGUCACUAAUCUAAGUCUAAAACUCAAAACGAUAAAUCCAUGAUAUUCUUGGGAAUGGCACAAUGCAUUGCACAGAAAGCAAAACUGAGAGUUUUAUAAACUGACCGAAUGGAUAGCCACUAAGAUUUUUUUUGUUUGUUUGUUUGUUUGUUUUUUCAGCUGUCACCAGACAGGUUCUGAACGUUUGUUUACAUUUAGUCGGCUACUUAUGCAAUGUACUGUAUCAGAUUUCACAAGUCAGCGAGGAGGCCAGUUUUGUGCUAUGCUGACCGAAGCAAUAAUAAUACAACUAUACUCACCUUUCUGUAGGCGUUUUAGAUGCAUAAGCACAAUGUAUUCAACAAGCACAUAUGACUGCAUCGUGCGGGUUGUAAGAUUAAGAUGUAGCUAAACUACCACCUUCAAUACAUAUAUUUAACCACAGAGAAUGUAGAGCUCAUACAUGAAAUGUAUGUAUAAUAAUGCACGGUGAAACUUGUUUGCAUGAACCCAACUUUAACGGCGCUUCUUAAAAAUUGACUUUGGUCAUUAGCUUAGGGCUUGAGUAAAAUGAUGCUGCACCGCUGUGCCUGUGGAGAUGAGCUUUUCCAAUAAACACAAGCAUUUUUAAGCAAAUCAUCUCUUUUUUUCCCAUUUUUAUGCUGGCCAUUCAGAAUGAUGGAUCAAAGUUGGUUUGUUUUGUAUGGGCUCAAUAUUAAGUCAAAGAUUUUGCAGUUGUAAAUGAAUGUUUGCAAAUAAUUUCAGAGUUUGCAUCUUUUACCCUUAUCCUUUUACAAUCCUGCAAACCCUUUAUGCACAUUUGCAAACUUGAAUUUUUCCAGCAGAUUGAUUGAUUGCUUGAUUUACAGAUUCAAACUGAAAUUAUUUGCAAACAUUCAUUCACAACUGCAAAGUCUUUAUGACUUAAUAUUGAGCCCAGAGUUUUCACCUCAUAAAGAAAAGAUGUUUGAAAGUUUCUGAUGCAGGUUACAACAUCCAGAGCUACUGUAAAUAUCAGAUAAAGAUUUAUUAUCUGAUCACUUUCCUUAGUAAAUCAACAGUGUUAGUUCUUUUUAGUUUAAUAGCAUUCUCUUUUUUCUAGGUUUAGGUCUUAGAGUUACAUCAUUGCUGAAUUAUAUCAAGUUCAAUGAGGUUUUCAGUCCAAAACUGUAGAUGAAAUGUAAGUCUAAACUGUUUUCUGUUUCAGGCUGUGGGGAAUGUUAAACCAUGGGGUCCCUAAAGGGCCACGGUGGGAAAAACAGUGCUUUUGUUUCUGUGUGUUCAUUUUCAAUGCUUUUUCUUUUGUUCCCCAACAACUGUUUGCUUCACCUCUGUGAAUCAUUCCUAUACUAGGAUUAGUUCAGUCCUGUCUAGUUUAAUUAUUAUUGUUCAAUGUGAUGAAAAACAGAAAAAUCACUAAGGGUAAAGCAACAAAACAUUUUCCAAGAAAUAAUUGACUAAUGGAAAUACUGUAAAACAAACAAACAAAAAAAAAGUGUAAAAAUAUAUAUAUAUAUAUGUAUCAUUUUAUGAUACUAAACUCCAUGCUCCAAUUUUACUUUUCUGUUUAUGAUCACUGUUAUUCAAAGAAAUCCACCCUGGAGCAUCUAUAACAUUACAACAGCUACACAGCACUCAAUCCUUCUGCUGCUUGAAUUUCAUUUAUUUUAUUUUAUUUUAUUUUAUUUAAAAUACCAUGUGCAGGUACAUUGAUUAUUUGUGCAACAUAAAAAGAUGGCAGCACCAGAUUUAGCAUUAUGCUCAUUUCUAUCUGCAGUUUCUAUCUGCACACAAA